AUGUCUGAAGCACCAUCUCGGCCUGCGCGAGGCAGGAGCUCUGCCCGCGGCGGCAGGGCAUCAUACGGCUCUCGAGGCCCCAGAAAGACCAACGGCGACAGCGCAUCCUCCAACAUUGACACAUCAGCAGACCAAGGCGAACUUGGAGAGCUUAAGAAGCGCUACCAGUCACAGCUAUCCACACUCAAGGAGCUAUUCCCCGACUGGACCGACGCCGAUCUCGUCCUCGCAAUCGAAGAAUCUGACGGUGACCUGCAGACCACCAUCGAGAAGAUCAGUGAGGGCGCUGUCUCGCAAUUCUCAGAAGUCCCAAAGAAAGCAAAGGACAGGUCCCGCUCCAAGGCCAAGGAGAACAUCGUGCCCAUCGAUGGCGCGUCCAGUCUGCGCGGCCGGCCCGAUGGAGCCCGCCGUGGUGUCGACAGCGGUCGCGGAGGCCGUGGCGGACGGGGCACUGAUCGUGGUCGCGGUGGAAUUCGAGGCGGUCGUGGAGGCGCCGCCAGUGGACCUCGUGCGGCUGCUGGAUCAGUCCCGACUACCGAGUCCGCUGCGUGGGACACACCCACAGUCCCAGAAGAGUCCAACGAGACCAAAAAGGACGAUGAAACCGUACACGCGCCCGAAGCGACGCCCGAAGCCAUAAAGCCUGUUGUAGAGGCUGGCCUGACAGCCGCGAAGAAGACUUGGGCGAGUAUGUUUGCUGCACCCAAGCCCGUCCCCGCAGUUCCCAAGGCAGCACCGAAACCUGCUGCUGCUCCAGCCCCCGAAGUGCCCGCACAAGCACCCGACGAGACGCCCGCGCACCAAGUUGCCCAAGAGCCCGCCGUGCAGGCAGAAGAACUGCCUAUACCCCCUGUCGCAGAUGAGACCGUCGAGACCCCGCCCAUCACGGCCGAAGACACGUCCAAGAUGACGCCAGACAAGAGCGUGGACGAUGCUGCACCUGACGUCACCCUCACACCCUCUGGAGAUCAGCUAACACAGGAGAACGUCGAGCAUCUGCCCGACGAGUCCCAUCCACCUCCAACCGAGACAGCUUUCAGCACUGUCGCAAGCUCGAAGGAUAUUGGGAGUGCAGUAGCGACCCCAUUGAACGGUCCUACACAAGCACCUAUUGGCCGUCCCGCAAUUGGAGGAUUCCAGACGACCGCAUUGAAGGCGACUUCUGGUACCCCACACCGAAGCGCGAGCUACCAGAGGAGGUUGAUGGAGCAACAGGAGGCAGUCGUCAUGCCCGGCAACCACGCCGUAGACAGGGCUGCAGUUCAGUUUGGCAGCAUGGGAUUGGGCGAAGGCUCGGACCCAGAUGUCGACGAAGACAGGGAAGAGGCAGAGACCAGGACUCAGCCGCCCCAACACUCCCCCAUUACCCAGCCCAAGACCUCUCUCCCUCCCGCUCCUCGCCAAGCAUCUCAAGAUGCCCCCCAACAAGAGUCUGCCCCUACACCAAAGCAGGCCCCUGGACUCCCUCCCGUCCCCCAACACCAACCCAGCCUGCAGCAGUCUCCCUCAAACCCCAUUGGAUCUCAAGCUAUGCAGAACCAAGGAUCUCAGUCCAACCAGCCCUACAACCAGUUUGCUAGGUACGGUCAGCCAGGUAUUCACUCGGAGGCCUCCGCGCCACCGCAGAAGCCAUACGAUCCAUUCGGCCAGCAGAUCCCAGCGUCGAACCACUCGCAGUCGCAGAACUACGAUUACCCUGGUCAAAGCCAGGCCCCGUCUCAGCCUGGUGCUUUCUCCUCCGCCCCAGACAACUACCCCUCCAACUACCUUACUUCCGAGCAACGCUCGCAAUACCAGAACUACUAUGGAAGCUACGGUCAGCCCAUUGCGCAGAGCCAGCAGGAAGCCGGUUCUGCUCAGCAGCGUACUGGCAGUGCAUUCGGCUCUGGACCUACUGACUCGGCUUAUUCACAGAGUCAGAUCCCACAAGUAAGUGAACCUGUUGCGCUCUCCAUACUCAUGCACGAUCGUUAUGCCAAACGAAUCCGAAUGUCUCAUCUGAAUGAGUUGCUCGAGACGGGAAAGGCAAACGACACGGACGGAUCUCAGAGCCGUUACGGUGACGCUCAGAACAGCGGUCACAACACCCCUAACCCGGCUGCUAUGGCAGGUCAGGGACAUGGCGCUCAAGGCCAGCACGCGCAGCACGGUCACAGUGCGGGCUACCCAUACAACCACCCAUACUAUGGCAGCCCCUACUACGCUAACUACAUGAACCAAUUCGGUGGUUACGGCCAAGGAGGAGCAGGCUAUGGUUCGUUCGGAAAGGGCGGCAUGUACGGUCAACCCCAGCACUACGGCAUGUCUCCCCAAGCUUCGUUCGACCAGCACUCGGCUUCACCCGCCAAUGCAGGAGGUUUCGGCGCUUCUUCGCUCCACGAUCGCGGCAGUGGUAUGGGUGCAGGCUUCGGUGACUACGGUCGCUCAGCUUCUGGAGCAUCUCAGAACCCCAGCGCCACUGCCAACUCUGCUGCUGCUGGAUUCGGUGCCAUUCCCGAUACCUUUACUCGACCAGGAAACUUCCACCAAAGCUCCUAUGGACAGUCGGGUAGCCAAGGCUUGAACGAUGACGCCCUAAAGCCCUCGAGCGACUACAAGAGCGGUGGACCCAGCCCAUCGGCUCUCGGUGCUCAGCCCGGUCGCCCCGGUUCCGCCAACCAAAGCACCCCUGGACAGGGCGGACCCCAACACCCUCAGCAAGGCUACGGCAACUACCCGAACCACCUUGGCAACAGCCAGUAUGGCGGACUCGGUGGUCUAGGCCACCAGAACUCCGGUAGCCAUCAGCAGCAGAGUGGCUAUGGCAACUACGGCGGAUUUGGAGGAUACGGCGGUAGCUACAACCGCGGAGGUUGGGGCGGAAACUACGGCCAGCACUAG